AUGUUGCGGGUCCUUACCGGUCUGCGAGAUGCUAUCGACGGAAGAAGAAUAAAAGUUCGUGCGGUGGCAUCGGCUACAUCUACCUUUCCGCCUCUCUUUCAGCAGGUUUGCUCGGCAGCGAUGACGACGACGACUACGACAACAACAACAAAUGGGACUACGGAGACGAUGGCUGUGAUGCGUGAUGAGGCUCAGCCUAUUAGUACAACUGUGGAACAACAGCGCUGGGAUGGUGCGCUCUGUGGGCAAAGUGGUUUCCUGAAAAAGAAGAGGAAGGUAAACAAGAAGGACUCCUCCAGUACAUUUAGCUUUCCUCUUGGUAAUGGCAUAGAAGUGCAGUUACCUGCACUUCCAUCCCUCUUGGGCCGGGAUGAAGUAGCUUCUGCCAAGCAGCAGGUGCGCAGCUCUACUGAAUUUCAGUCGUCUGCGCCAACUGAGGUGGCGACCAUUUCGACGUUGGCGUCUUUGCAGCUAGACUCUCUUGGUCUCCCCAAGUCUGUUGCUACUACUAUUGCUAGUACUGGGGGUCCCGGGGGUAGUGCGCAGUUGGAAAAGGCACUCCUGGCAUGGCCGGAUGUGUUCUUUCGCCUCAAAACAGUUGCUUUACCGCUGCUGUUGGAGGGGAAGGGGGAACCCGAGAUGAAUUCUCUUUCCGAAGCAUCUCUGGCACAGGGGUUCCAUAUUCUCACAGAGACACUUGAUGUUGUUGAUAGUGUAGCGAGGGCCACGGGUCUUCGGGCGGAACGCGCCUUUCCUGCCUCACUUGUCGAAGUACUGUGGAACGUCCUGCCGUCAUUUUACGCGUUGGUGCAACAUAUGGAGCGGGGUAAAACAGAGCGCCGUGAUGGUGAAGAGACUCUGCCUGCCUCCAGGGAAGGGUCUCUGUCUCCGAUGAAAGAGUUGAAGCGUGCUGGGCGUGCUCUCGCAUUGCGCACUCGCGACCUUGACGAUCUGCUCUCCCCGUCGGUGCUCGUGCAGGCGUUGGUGUCGAUGGAGCGGUGCGGUGCCUUGUCCGAUGACAUCAUCGGCCCUAUAGGGACAAAUCUGCUGCGGCGCUACAAUACCUCCGCGGCGUGUCUGGAUGGCCCGCAGCACGUUGCCACGAAGCAUCUUCUCUCAGCAGAGUUUGUUGCAUCAGCGGCAGACGCAAAUACGGUACCAUUUAAAGGUGACGUCGCCGUGGCCCUCGUCCGGUUGCUGGGCCGAGUGCAGGUGACGGAUCACUUUCAGUUGCACAGGUUGCUGCACACGAUUCUCCUUCCUGCUGUGGUGCCUGCAAUGCACGAAAAUGCUCCCGAUGAGGCGGCCCUGUUUGAGGUGACGGCGUGUUAUGCGCGAUAUGCUGUUUCGGGGAGCGCCGUGGUGCAGCUCACGGCUUUAUGGAUGCCUUUUCUGCCUCACCUGACGCUAGACAGGUGUACAGAGCUUCUGCGCGCUGUUGGAAGUGGUCGGGCGACCAGAAAGUCUAGGCGCUCGCUUGCUCUUUCCCCACAUGGGAAUGGUGCCAUAAGUGGGGCUGAGGAGGAUUACAUGCCUCUUGUUGAUGCAGUUGUGGAGCGAGCCAAUGUGUUGUGUCGCAGCGAUAUUCAGCGCGAAGUCGCAAUGACAUCGUACACCAACGAUGUUGUUAUUGCGCCUGCCACUGCGUCGAUAAAUGCCGGAAGUCUGUCGAGGUUUAUUUGCUCUCUAGUUACAGUGAAUUCUUCCAACUGGGCUGAGGCGUAUGUCACGACGGCAACGGCGAUGGCGAAACAACUCGAUGCACUUCCGAUAGGAGAUCUCGUGCGUGUGACUAACGCCAUCAUGCAUCGCAAUUCGCAUAUGCCGUACCACCCGCUCCAUGCUCUUUUGGUGCGCCGUCUCCUUAGCGUCGAUGAGGCGAUGCGUGACGUGAGAGUGGGAAACGUGGCGUUGUUGGCUGCCGCUUUGAUGUCGUCACGGUCCGCACCAUUUGCAUCUUCUUCUGCCUCCCGCGUCUGCCCUCUGGAACUUGAUGUGCGGACCGCUGGGUGCGGAGGUUUGGCUGACUCAGCUCCCUUCAUGCCAGAGGCAAACUGUGCACUGGCGGUGUUCCGUCGUCAUGGCACGAAGCUGGGUCUGCGCGGCUUUGUAGCUGGUAUGUGUGUGGCUCCGUUGGGCCAGUUGCCACGACGUGCUCAGGAGCGAGUCAUCAUGCACUUCACCUCCAUUGCCUCCGCCAUUGAAGUGCCGUGGUUGGCAAAGGGCAUAGCUGCGCUGAUCUCGCAGAUCCCGGGGGCAGUAGAUCCUGUUUCAGUGCAGCGUUGGUUCUCGCGCUUUGCUGCGGUGGAUGUGGUGCGACAACUGGACGUUGAACAUGCCACGACGCUGCUUAACAUCCUCUCCGAUGAGAAUUACGGUCGCGAUUGUGCAUUGGCGAAGCGGUCCAUCACUACCCAGGCUGGAAAGCUCCUUCUUCAGGAAAGUUUUCCCCUGGGGUCACUCGCACCACUGGCACUGGCACUGCAACGCUCCAAUGUCUUUUUCCCACAUCUCUACUCACGCAUGUGCCGAGUUCUUCUUUCGAAUGUGCGGUGGGCGUCAUGGGAGCUUCUUCUUCCUGCCUUUCACGCCGCAGCUGACGAGUUCACACGGGUCCAGCACGGCAAUGGUUGCGUUUUCCGCGAUGUCUGGGAACAGCUGCGAAGUCGUAUUAUGGAGGAAGCAGCAGCAUCUCUUUCUGCGAACGAUGUCGCUGCAGCCCUUAACGGUUUUGCAGCGCUUGAUGGAAGGGACCGCCCAGCAUUUUCUCUGUUGUUGCAUCGUUUGUGGAUUAUCUACAGGGAUGUUCUCGCAACGGCUGCUUCUGGUGGUGUUAGUUGUGAUAGAGGUGCUAAUGCGUCGUUGGAGAUUGAGGAACCUCAGCAAACACCAGCGAGAUGGGUCGAUGAGGUGCUGACGGAAUUUACACCCAGUGCACUUGCCGCUUCCCUUUCGACACUCAUUUAUAUGGGUGAUGGCGAGAUCGUUAACACAUUUCUGCCAUGGAUGCUUCUUCGCAUUCGACCUGUUGUGAAGGACCUCUACCCAAUCGAUUUGUUGCAACUGAUGCCAGCGUUGUUACAUAGUUUCAGUGCGGUGCCCAUGACCGCAGAAGAUGCGUCAAGAAAAGAAAAUACGUCAUGGCUGUGUAAUCCAGUUAACAUUGACCUCUUGCAUGCUACACAUGACGGGUGCCGCGAGUUGUUCCUCCACAUGUACGAGGAUGAGUCUACUGCCGCGGAUGCAAAGAUGCUACAGACUCAGCGUGCUGAGUGGUCGCCGAAGGUACGUGUCUCCGUUUCACAUGUUCCACGCUACCUGUACGCGGAACUCCUUAUCGCAUUGUCCCAGGCGGGUGUGCAGGAUGCAGCGGUUGCCACGGCAUCCGCUGUGUGUAUUACACGACGUUCCUGUGCAUGUAUGCCGAUAUCUAUGCUGGUGGAUUUGGCCAUGGCGCUAUGCUUUCAUUUCCCACCGCAAUCACCUGAUGACGCUGUUUUGGCGGGUGAGUCUACUUGGGAGAGUGCUGUGGGCACGCCCCCCGGUGGAGUUGCGGCAGACACCUCUCUUUCCCAAGGGACUGAAGCCGAAAAAGUUGUAGGAGGUGCUGUGCCGCCAGCACUCGCUCCAAAUCAGCGCUUUCUCCCUCCUGUGUUGAAUGCAAUAUGGGACCGAGUGGAAGAGCUGCAUUCCCAUCAGAUUGACGCCAUGGUGCGCUGCUUCAGGCACUACUAUGGUGAGAAGGUUGACAAUGAUUUUUUGCUUCGCCUACAAAGGCACAAUGCGGCACUUGCUGAGGUGAAAAAUAACCCGAAACGAUUGGGGCAUGUCGUGCAGAAUAGCGGAGAGAAGAGUGACGAUGUGAUGCCUGUUGUGAAGCAGGACACUGUUGCAUUGAACGAAUUCACAGCGGAGGACUUGUUCGCGUGA